AAUUUAUUGUCAUCAAAUAUGAAUACUCAAUUUGUUGUAGGAGAAUCAUCUUCUUCUUCCAACUUCUCUUAUGAUGUAUUUCUCAGUUUCAGAGGUAAAGAUACCCGUAAAAACUUCACCGGUCAUCUUUAUUUCCGAUUGUGUCAAGUCGGAGUUAAUACUUUCAUAGAUGAUGAGGAAUUGAGAAAGGGAGACGUCAUUUCAACAGAACUUGAGAAAGCAAUUGAAGAAUCUAGGGUUGCCAUUGUUGUUUUCUCCAAAAAUUAUGCUUCGUCUAGUUGGUGUCUCGAUGAACUUGUCAAAAUUCUCGAUUGCAGAGAGAGGUUAAAUCAGGUAAUUUUGCCUAUUUUCUAUGAUGUUGAUCCUUCUCAAGUGCGAAAACAAACUGGGUCCUUUGGCGAAGCUUUGGCAAAACACAAGGAACAAUUGUUUGGAGUUCAAAGAGUGGAGAAGUGGAGAGCUGCACUUACUGAAGCUGCGAAUUUAUCUGGAUGGGAUUUGCGAAACAUGGCUGAUGGGCAUGAAUCAAAAUUUAUUGGAAGUAUUAUAAAACAAGUUUUGCAAGAGGUCAACCAGACACCUCUAGAUGUUGCUCAUUACCCAAUUGGAUUAGAUUCUUCUAUCGAACAUAUAGAGUUGUUACUGCAAAGUGGAUGUGAGCAUGAAGUUCACAUGGUUGGUAUAUGUGGCGUUGGUGGAAUUGGAAAAACAACUCUGGCGAAAGCUAUCUACAAUCGAAUAUUUCGACAAUUUGGUGGUUGUUGCUUCCUUUCAGACACUAGAUCAAAAGCUAAAGAACAGGGUCUAGUCAAGCUACAAGAGAAACUACUUUGUCAAAUUCUCAAAACUAAGGAAUUCGAAGUUGAUAGUGUUGAUGAAGGUGUCAAUCUAAUCAAAGCAAGACUUGGGUCAAAGAAGGUUCUAAUUGUUCUUGAUGACGUGGAUCAUAGAAGCCAAUUAGAAUCCUUAACAAGAGAAAGAAGUUGGUUUGGCUCUGGCAGUGUAAUAAUUAUUACAACCCGAGACAAGCAUUUGCUAUAUGGGCUUACAACAAGUGAGAUACACCAGGCCAAACUUUUAAAUAAAAAUGAAGCUCAACAACUUUUUUGUUGUCAUGCUUUUAACAGCCUUUCUCCAUCACAAGAAUAUGUUGAGCUGGCACAAGACAUAAUAAAAUAUUCAGGUGGGCUACCAUUAGCUCUUGUGACAUUGGGGUCACAUUUGCAAGGGAGAUCCGUAGAAGAAUGGAGAUACGAGUUCAUAAAACUAAAAGCAAUUCCUCAUGGUGAUAUUCAAAAGAUUCUCCAGAUAAGCUUUGAUGGACUUGAUGACAAUCCUAAGAGUGUUUUCCUUGAUAUCGCAUGCGCCUUUCAUGUGUGUUAUGAGGAUGAAGUUACCAAAGCAUUAAAUGCGUGUGGUUUUUAUUCUAAAAGUGCAAUUUCAACCUUAGUCGAAAGGAACUUGCUCCAAAGGGAUUGGCCUUAUUUGGUGAUACAUGACCUUGUGCGGGAUAUGGGAAGAGAAAUCGUUCGCAGGGAAUCACCUCGAGACUCUGGGAAACGGAGUAGAUUGUUCAACCCUCAAGAAGUCCAUGAUGUUCUACAAGGAAAUAAAGGUUCCGAAAAUAUAGAAGUAUUGGUGUUAGAACGACAUGCAUUAAAGGGUGUGAAGCUGAGCACAAAAGCAUUUCAGAAAAUGAUAAAACUUAGGGUGCUUAAAAUCGACGACUUACAUAUUAGUGGAGAUUUUGAGCUAUUGUCCAAGGAGCUCAGAUGGUUGUCUUGGAAAGGAUGUCCUUUAAAAUGUAUGCCAUCAAAUUUUCCAGCUGAGAAACUUGUAAUCCUGAAUAUGAAAGGGAGCAAUAUCGAAGAAUUUGGUUUGAAUUUGCAGUAUUGUAGAAGUUUGAAGGAGCUGAAUCUUUCUGAUUGCAAACGCCUCAGAAGUACUCCAAACUUCAGGGGUUCACGAAGUCUUGAAACUUUGUCGCUUGAGAAUUGCUCAAGUCUAAAGGAGAUCCAUCCAUCAAUAGGAAAUUUGGAAAGACUAACUGAUCUUCAAUUGAAUGGUUGCAAAAAGAUAUCAGAUUUUCCGAGCAGCAUAUGCCAGCUAAAUUCCCUUAAAUACUUGGACAUUAGUUACUGCUCAUCUUUACAAACACUGCCAGUUGACAUUGGAGAUAUGCACAGCCUAAGACAUAUUUAUGCACGGGAUACGGGUAGAAAACAACUGCCCGAAUCUGUUGAAAUGCUAAGAAAUCUUGAAGAAUUGCUAGUGGGAGGUCGAAAUUUAGAGGCCAAAAGGAGUUUUUCUCGAAGAAGAGUUCGCCGCAUAGAAUCCUUGUCAAUGUUUAUUUUUCAUUUAAGCCUUCCAUAUUUUGGUUUAUCCGAUGAUGAUAUUCCUAGGGACAUUGGGAGAUUAUCCAACUUACUUUAUUUAGAUUUGAGGGGCAACAGUUUCCUCUAUCUACCCUUUGAUUUUUCCAAGUUACCAUUGUUGAUGUAUUUGUAUUUGAAUGAUUGUAAGAAUCUUCAAACACUCCCGUCAAUAUCAAAUUUAGAGAAGCUUAAAAUUGUUGACCUUAGGAAUUGCCAAAAACUGGUCAAGAUUACAGGGUUGGACAACCUCCCUUCAAUAAAGAAGAUGGACAUGAUUAAUUGUACUUGUCUGCAGAAUCCAUUCAAUGAAGGCUUCUUUAGUGCCCCUGCUCUAUCAAUUCCAUCUAGAAAAUAUCCAGAGCAUGAACGGUUACAAGUUUAUGUCGAAAGCAAUGAGAUUCCAGAUUGGUGCAGCAAUAAAGUAACAGCUCCAUCUAUGCGUUUGACUAUGCCUACAGUAGAUAAUAAUGAGUAUAACUUCUUAGGGAUGGUUGUCUGGUUUGUUUGCCAUUGCAAUGUAUUCACCCUUCAUCAAUACUUCGAUGUUACUGUUGCCCAUAUAAAGCCUUCAGCUUUUCCGUUUAGUUUGGAUUUUGAUAUACCUGAGCCUGACAGUCAGGGAGAAAUAUCAUGUGUAUAUUACUUCUCUUACUCAUAUGAUACACCUUUUAAAGGCCUGAACAUCAAAGGCAGGGAACAGAUAACAGUAGAGGAGGGCACUGAUGAAGGUACAGUAAAGAAGAUAGGAAUACAUCUGUUAUAUUUAGACCAGCAUGGUAAUGUUACAUCUUUGCCGGGAGUUGUGGAUCAUUCUUAUACACCCUCCUACCCACAAAGACUUUCAGCAGGGCAUAUCAACCCAAACAAUAACAACAGUGAAAUUCCACGAGUGAGGUCUGGAGCAGGGGAUAUCAACUCCUCCAUGAUAAAAGAGCAAAGUUCUGAGGGUGUAUUCGGUACCAAGGAAAAUGUGUUCGAUGGAAAAUAUGAAAAAGGUGAUGGAACCAUGCAAUAUGCAUCAUCUCUCGGGAAUUUCAAGUAG